CCUCUCGCUUAUUAAAAUGUUUCUUUUGUCAACUGGAUCUGGUUUCAGGAUCUAAGAGCAUAAACAUGAAGGCAUCAUAUUGUAGCCGCUGUCGGAAAUCACUCGUUUACCAUUGAACCGAUAGUGUCAGUUACCGAAAUGCUGUCAGGAGUACCUAUUAUGCGUGAUCCAGGACACCCUUGUCUGUUUGGGAGUGCAGUGUUUUUCGAGAAACAAGCAUCAUGUGCGGCAGAUUCUAUUCUCUAUGCGACUAUGAAGAGCCCCGGGGGCGAACGGUUUGAGAAUGCCUAGGAAUACCAACAGGAAUAACGGCAACGCAUAACACUUAGACAACGGGUGAAACAAGGAAAAGUACGGAUUUGUAAUAUGAACAAGCUAGGAUAUUGUUCAAGUUAAUGCUAUCUAUGUAAGGUAUAAUAGAUAUAUAUUGUGGGAGAUCAGGGACCCACAGCGGUGCGCCCCAUAUGUCUUGUAUGAGGGCGCCUAAAAGUUAAAGUGAGACAUUGGGUAAAGCUGCUAUUGAAAGCCAAGAACGUGUACGGAGCUAAUUUCGGGGUGUGGUCAAGACGAUUUCCUUCAACCUAUAACUUCAAUAAGGUUUUUCCUUCAAAUUCAACCCUCACCUGCCAUACUCAUAAACAUAGUUUUCCAGUGAUGUCUUCAUCGGCCGAUACGUGUACGAUAUCAUCAGGAAGGAAAUUGUUCAAUGAACCACACGACUGUUUGCCUUACAAUACGCUCCCAGUCCCUAGCACUAGUUAUAGCACUAGCGCUCUAUAACGGCGACAACGAAAUUGCAAAAGGGCCCAUGUCCGGUGAUCAUUACCAAACAAUAGAAUAUACAACCGACGUAUUUACUUCCUUGAAGACACCAAGUAGGGUGGCAUUUCAACGGAGAACAAUAUUCAGAGUAACGGAGAAUACCCACCUCACUUUCGACUAGCAGUUAACUAAAAAUCCCUCAAACUGGAAGCCCUAACAAAGCCACUGGUCUAGUCGAAGACUAAACCUGGACGUGUCUAACUGUUUACCGGGACGGAGUAUAUGGUAAAUGGCGUGUGUGACGCCAACGCUCCAUAGCCCGCAUGGCGAUAGUAAGAAAUCGGUAUCAUCUUUGGUGCGCUGUGAGUCAUCACCAGCCCCGAAACUUGUUGACGAAUCAUCUACAAACAGCGAAUUGUCAUGGAUCGAGGCAGAGUUUGAUACAAUCGAGGAAACGCUCAACGUGAUCACGCAUCUUCUCGCGGUAGCUCCAGGAAUAGCCGCCGUCGCUCACCUUUUAGCACGUGCACGCCGAACGGCGCAAACCGCUUGCGCUGUUAUCUAUGGCACAGCCAUGAUUUCAUUGUUUCUUGGCAGUUCGAUUUAUCAUGUGACAUUAUUAUGGCCUCGCUUCAAACCUUUUCGCAAUCUGUUCCUCCGAAUCGACCGUUCAAUGAUCUACGUGUUCAUUGCCGCAUAUUGUACGCCGUAUGUUGUCCUAUCAGGCCUCUACUGGGUAAGCGUACUGGGUGUGUGGGCACUUUGCGUGCUCUGUCUAAUCUUCCAGAAUUUACUGCAUGACUGGCAUGGACACCAAGCUAUGUUUAUCGCAUUAGCAGCUUCAGUGCCGUCGGUGGUUAUGGUCGCACUGCUACCUUCGGCCGUUGCAAAUAAAGUCGUUCUUGGAGGAAUCGCUUACACGAUAGGAUUUGGUUUCUAUAAUCUGCAAGGUCGUAUGCGAUUCGCACACGCACUGUGGCAUUGUUGUGUGAACGUCGCGACGUGGCUAUUGUUUGACGCUAUGGCGGAACAUUUGUAUAGCAGCAAGACGAUGAAGAACGAUUGGUGGAUCAGCCUAACUUCGUGGCUGUUUCGUGAAGAACUUAACGGGAAGCAAGCAACAGUAUUAUCUACUUUGUAAUAUAACUAAUCGUAUGCGAUCACUCUGAACAGAACAAGCGUUCAUCGCUCAGAUAUAAAGCAAUUCGUUUGGUAACCUUUUGCGACCUGCUUCCUCCUUCAGAGUUUCUGAAGUGUAGAACGCAAACGUCACGUAAGGAUGAUGAUUAUCGGCGUUACUGCUAGGCCCAUAUGUUGUACUUCAAUUCUGUAUGCGCAGAAAUUUUAUAACUGAAUAUUGGGCUGGUUGUUUUUAUUUAAAGGCCAUUAUCUAUCAUUUACCUUAAUCAUAUGUGCUCAAUUCAGCGAUGCAACAUACUAUUUACCUUCCGAAUAUACUGUUCAUUAUUAAAAUUAACUUCCAUAGCUGGCCAGACAAGGAUAUUUUAUAAAUUAUAGAGGUUUUAUUCUAUGAGAUACGCUUACGAGCCGUGCGGUUCUGUAGGCAGCAUCUGACCUUGGUAAAAAGUCUUCAAGCUACAUCUGUUCCCUAUAGUCGAAAAUCGAAGUAGACCCUACCUACGCCUCGUGCCUUUAUAUCAUUCUGAUUUAUGCAGCCACAGGAAAAGUGCGUUUAUUAUUGUGCUUGUAAAGGCUGAACAGGCAAACAUACUGUUAUACUGUUGUAACAAUAUCUGUAUUGUAGAAAACAAAAAUAGUAAUAGUUAGUGUACAUUAAAUUGUUGAUGAUUAUCAUUCACUUAGUGUUUGUGCCAAAGCUGUACAGAAUCCGUCUCCUGUAUUUGCCACCGAUUGACCAAGUUAGCGGAUAUACGAUCUUAAUUACGUAAAACUCCGUACGUAAGUAGUCUUAAAUCAAUUUCGCCCGCUUCGUAACGUAUUCCUUGUCAUUCGUAACGCAAAGCCAACGAUUCCAGAAAUCCGUCUAGCGAGCAGCGUUUGAAUGCUGCGCGUAACGAACAUUUAAAAUAGGCACCUUGAAAGAGAUCUGAAUUACGUAGCAAAUAUGGCACUAGUCAGUAAUAUCGAAGCAUCAUUCGGUAUCAUAUCUGUCAAAUAGGCAUACUUCAUUACCGAGCUGUACAUGUUGGUUUCAAUGUAAUUAUAAACUUACCUCGAGGACUUCCUGAUACAUCACACCCACUGGCAAAGCAAAUUAUUGAAAAUGGCUGAAACACAAUUUGCUAUGUUCAUAUAGUAUAGUAAAGGUUCAAAUAAAACGACUACACUGUCAGAAUAUUAAUCCUUUUGAAGUUCAUGUAUGCGGUUGACGUUUUUUUCCGCAAAUGAGAAAGUAGCUACCUAUUUUUGGUACACCGCCUGACAGCAUAUAACCUCUGGAACACGAAAUUUUCGUAUAUGAGGAGUAAUAGUACUGUGCGUUGAAUAUAAUAUAUAAAGUACCUCAAACGUCA